GGCUUGUGCUGAAAGUGACUGUUAUGGAGGGUUUUGGAAAGGUUGUAUGCGGGAUUCGGGCGUAAAGCGUUCCUUGACCCUAGCUUAUAAGACCUCAGGCUUCUCGCCCCCGAACAGAAGCCCAUGACCGUCCGUCACUAAGCCUCGAACUGCACAUAGUACAUUCACACUGACACCAGUCAACCAUGCAAAUCCUCACCAAUCUUGGCCUCUUCGUUGCUGGCGCUGCGGCCCACGGCGCCGUGACCAGCUACGUGAUUGCCGGCAAGACCUACCCAGGAUACCAAGGCUUCUCCCCCGCCAACUCGCCGAGCGUCAUCCAGUGGCAAUGGCCCGACUACAACCCGGUCACAUCGUGCUCGGCGGCCAAGCUGCGCUGCAACGGCGGCACGUCGGCCAAGCUCAGCGCCACAGCCGCGCCGGGCGACGAGGUCACGGCGAUCUGGCAGCAGUGGACGCACAGCCAGGGCCCGAUCAUCGUGUGGAUGUACAAGUGCCCCGGCGCCUUCAGCUCGUGCGACGGCUCCGGCGCGGGCUGGUUCAAGAUCGACGAGGCCGGUUUCCACGGCGACGGCACCAAGGUGUUCCUCGACACCGAGACGCCCUCGGGCUGGGACAUCGCCAAGCUGGUCGGCGGCAACAAGGCCUGGACCAGCAAGAUCCCACAGGGCCUCGCCCCGGGCAACUACCUGAUCCGCCACGAGCUGAUCGCCCUGCACCAGGCCAACGCGCCGCAGUUCUACCCGGAGUGCGCCCAGAUCACCGUCUCGGGUUCCGGCACCGCCCAGCCCGACGCCUCGCAGAAGGUGGCCAUUCCGGGCUACUGCAAGGACAAUGAUGCUAACAUCAAGUUCAACAUCAACAACCACGCGCUGCCGCAGACGUACACGAUCCCGGGCCCGCCGGUGUUCAAGGGAUCGGCGAAGAAGGCGAGGGAGUUCAGCGCCUAGGAUGGCUAGGUAGCUUAUCGUUGCUUGAGGGCUGUUAUGUCAAGUGGAGGGCCCCAUAUUGCUGUAGAUAUUCCAUGCUCGAGGCAUUCUAGGUAGUGCUUUCCAAGCGUGGCCACUUAUAUACCUACUGAUACUCGUAGUCUUUAUGAACUUGGUGGUGGAACGGACUCCAACAUCUAGCAUCCUUGUCAUCG